AUGGGACGCCGGCCCACGCCGCAGCCACUGCCUCUGGGCCUGGCCAGCACAAAGGCCAACACGAGCGCAAACGCUAACCCGGACAACACGCACAGUCGCAGCCUCCGUCUGGGGGCAACUGGCGCAGUCGCAACCGCAACCGCAACUGCACCCGCCGCCGCCGCCGCCGCAUCAGCAGCAGCAGCAGCAGCGGCCACCGGCUUCGGCCUGCAGGCAACGGUGCAGGCGACGGGGUCUGGCACUGCCACAUGCAACGACUCGACUGCUGAAACGGCCGUGCAAGCUGCCAAGGCCCUGCCCGGCCACCCAGCGUCGUCGCCCGUCUCGACGCAGUCCUCGCUGUCGCUCUCGCUGCCGUCGCUGCAGUCACAGCCGUCGCUGCAAUCGCCUCAGCCGGAGCCUUCUCACUCGCAAUCCCACUCUCGCUCCCAACCCUCCGUCUCCUUGACCAGCCGCUUUGCCGCCGCCAAACGACGCCAGACUUCGCAGACGCCGACUGCCAGGGGACAUCUGCAGACGCCAGCCUGCGAAUCGAACCGUCUCCGUCGCCCACCCCAACUUCAACUACAGCCCGGCCAAUCUGCCCAAUACCACGACCAGAACCCAGCAUCGCCGUCCCUAGCCGUCCGCCACGCCGACGGAGGGAAGCGGCCGUCGACCAGGAGUGGCUUUUUCCACUCCGACAAGUCCUUCAACAGCUCGAACCAAGUCGUGCACGAUUCCCGCCCCCAGUUCUCGCAUUCGCGGGAACACUUGGCCGCCAGGGGGCCCCAAGAGCCACGUGCUCCAAAGUCUGCAAAUUUUCCGUAUGCUCAAGAGUACCUGCAGAAGCCGCCACUACCGUCCCGAUCCGAGCUGUCGCUGUCGUCCGCUGGAGACUGCGACGGCACAUCUGCCCUCUCGCCAGGCGGGAAGAGGACCAAGACCAAGUCGUUCGGCUUGUUGAGCAGAAGCAAGUCCCAUAGGGACAAAGACCGGAACCAUUCGAGCAACGGCCCAGUCCUCGUUCCUGCUACGCCGAGCCGAGACGAGUAUCACGACGACGCUGUACCUCCCCGCACCGCGCCCGUGGCUCAGGACCGAGCAUUCAGAGACAUGAUGAACUCUGGCGCACGGAAUCGAUCAGAGGAUAGGGCCGCCCGCCGUGACUCGUCGAGAGAUAAAGAGAGAGGAGCUCUUCCCUCCUCGCUUAAAGAGAACAAUUCCGGUUUUUUUAGCGGACUGCGGAGUUCUUCGACAAGGGCCGCUGAUAUCAUCAGUAAAGGGCUUUUUGGCAAGGGCUCAAGGAGUGGAAGCACUGCGGAGCGCGAGCAUGCCGUGGACGAUGAACACUACGUCCUAAAAGUUCUCAACCUUCCCCUAGUGGAGCAGACUCGAAUAACUCGCAUUUCCAAACGGCUCGAGAGCUCGAGAGAUAAGACGGAGUUCUGGAUGCCGGCUUUUCCGUGGCGAGCCAUUGACUACUUGAACUACAACGGCUGCGAUGUCGAAGGCUUAUACCGAGUUCCUGGAAGUGGCGCACAAAUAAAAAAGUGGCAGAGAAAGUUUGACGAGAAAUACGACGUCAAUUUGUUCGAGGACGACGACCUCUACGACAUCAACAUUAUUGGCUCUAUGCUCAAGGCGUGGCUACGUGAACUCCCAGACGAACUAUUUCCCAAAGCAGCGCAAGACCGCAUCGCCCGCGAGUGCGCCGGGGCCACUGAAGUGCCGCAGUUACUCAUCGAGGAACUGUCCAACCUGUCGCCUUUUAACUACUACCUCCUGUUUGCCAUCACGUGUCACCUAAGUCUUCUCUUGUCCCAUUCCGACAAGAACAAGAUGGACUUCAGGAACUUGUGCAUCUGUUUCCAACCGUGCAUGAAGAUUGAUGCCUUUUGCUUCAAGUUCCUGGUGUGUGAUUGGAGAGAUUGUUGGAUAGGUUGCAAGAACGAGGCCAAGUUCAUUGAAGAAGAGUACAGGCUGUUCGACCAACCGCCGCCCAGGGGCAUAACCAAGCCCAAUGGUCCUUCACAUGGAGUCGAACACAAUGACCGUCAGCCGUCGUCAACUGACAGCAACAAACCGUCCGAUUACGGCCACAGCAGCAGGGCGCUUCAACGUCAAUUCUCUGGCUCCAAUGCAAGUAUUGGUUCCAGAAUCUCGUCGAUCUCGACUAAUUUCACCACCAACAGUGAGCGCGAACCGCAAGAGACGACAAGACAGCUUCGCCCGCUGUCUCCAAUCAAGCCGCUGUCUCCCAUCGGCUUUUAG